AUUUGGCGAAAAGUGCAAUGCCUUGUAGAAAAAGUCAGAACAAAAUUGACGACUUAAGUCGGUCUUUUGUACUAAACUUUAUGAAGGGGAACAUGAUUUUCGUAACGACACUUUCGCUGCUCCUGGGUCAGUACUGAGAGUUUUUUUGUUUGUUUGAUCGAAAUCCCCCUGUUCGAAGUUUAAUAACAAACUUGACCAUCUGACAAAACUUAGAUUUGAUUGAUAUUUUUAGAUUAAGGAUGUGCUGUGCUCUACAUUUCUAUGUUAUAAACUCGUUAUCUUAUUAUUUGUCUUUUAAAGAAAACCCAACCACCUUUUGUUCUUCGAGUAACACAUCGCCAACAAGAUUUAUAAGAGAAGUUAUCAUUUUAGAAACAUACUUUUAGAAUAAUUAUUUUUGUAAACCCCAACCACUGAAAACAGCCUCGGGCCUGGCUCAAGUCCACGUGGGUCCUAUAGGUGUUCCGCUUUCAACAGCUGGGAACUGCUACCAUUGUGACCCUCAUGCCAACCCGUUCCCGGCGUGCCUGGCGACACCGAUCACGUGUCAUGCUGGAGAGGUAAGGGUGCUCAAACCGCUUUUCCAACCUCUUUACCUGUCAGUCAAUGUUUUUUUUUCCAUGUUUUUCGACAUCAAAGGCAACUCAGUCAGUCAAUGUUUUUUUUCCAUGUUUCUCGACAUCAAAGGCAACUCAGUCAGUCAAUGUUUUUUUUCCAUGUUCCUCGACAUCAAAGGCAACUCUGCCAGUCAAUGUUUUUUUUCCAUGUUCCUCGACAUCAAAGGCAACUCAGUCAGUCAAUGUUUUUUUUCCAUGUUCCUCGACAUCAAAGGCAACUCAGUAAGUCAAUGUUCUUUUUCUCCAUGUUCCUCGACAUCAAAGGCAACUCUGCCAGUCAAUGUUUUUUUUCCAUGUUUCUCGACAUCAAAGGCAACUCUGCCAGUCAAUGUUUUUUUUCCAUGUUCCUCGACAUCAAAGGCAAUUCAGUAAGUCAAUGUUUUUUUUCUCCAUGUUUCUUGACAUCAAAGGCAACUCUGCCAGUCAAUGUUUUUUUUCCAUGUUCCUCGACAUCAAAGGCAACUCAGUAAGUCAAUGUUUUUUUUCUCCAUGUUCCUCGACAUCAAAGGCAACUCAGUAAGUCAAUGUUUUUUUUCUCCAUGUUCCUCGACAUCAAAGGCAACUCAGUAAGUCAAUGUUUUUUUUUCCAUGUUCCUCGACAUCAAAGGCAACUCAGUAAGUCAAUGUUUUUUUUCUCCAUGUUUCUCGACAUCAAAGGCAACUCUGCCAGUCAAUGUUUUUUUUCCAUGUUCCUCGACAUCAAAGGCAACUCAGUAAGUCAAUGUUUUUUUUCUCCAUGUUCCUCGACAUCAAAGGCAACUCAGUAAGUCAAUGUUUUUUUUCUCCAUGUUCCUCGACAUCAAAGGCAACUCAGUAAGUCAAUGUUUUUUUUUCCAUGUUCCUCGACAUCAAAGGCAACUCAGUAAGUCAAUGUUUUUUUUCUCCAUGUUUCUCGACAUCAAAGGCAACUCUGCCAGUCAAUGUUUUUUUUCCAUGUUCCUCGACAUCAAAGGCAACUCAGUAAGUCAAUGUUUUUUUUCUCCAUGUUCCUCGACAUCAAAGGCAACUCAGUAAGUCAAUGUUUUUUUUCCAUGUUCCUCGACAUCAAAGGCAACUCUGCCAGUCAAUGUUUUUUUUCUCCAUGUUCCUCGACAUCAAAGGCAACUCAGUAAGUCAAUGUUUUUUUUCUCCAUGUUUCUCGACAUCAAAGGCAACUCUGCCAGUCAAUGUUUCUUCAAGUUUACAUACCCUAGCUAACCUUAGACCAUAAGCCUACCUUCUUCACCGGGUAGCAUAGACCAUAGCCAAUCUCUGAUUAAUAGCAUCCCUCUUCACCGGGUAGCACAAACGUUUGCUAACCUUAGACCAUAAGCCUACCUUCUUCACCGGGUAGCACAUACCAUGGAUAAUCGCUGAUUAAUAGCACCCCUCUCCACCGGGUAGAAAAUACCAUGGAUAAUCUCUGAUUAAUAGCAUCCCUCUCCACCGGGUAGCACAUACCAAGGAUAAUCUCUGAUUAAUAGCAUCCCUUUUCACAGGGUAGCACAGUCCCUAGCUAACAGUUGCCUAUAACCAUUUCCCAUUGGGGCUAUCCUACAUCGGACAACAUAACAAAACGUGCGGACUGUAGUAGAUUGAAGAAAUCUGCCCGCGCAAGUGCUGCGAUUUCGACCGAUUCAUUAGUUCAGGUUUACAAGAACAUAUUAACUACUACCUUUUAAAUUUAGAUGAUGUGCAUUGAAUUUGGAAAUGUGUUUAAUCCUACCAGGUAUGUGCUGUCACCUAUUAUGGGGAUGCUCCCCAGAUCAAGUGUCAGAGAGAAGGAGUAAGUGAACUUCCGGUCUCAUUACGACGUCCAAAUAGGUUUUUUAUUUCCACUUUUUAGCACUAAUCACCAGCGCCUUCAGCGCUUUAAACUAAACACUUACAAUUAUAUGUGACAUGAAGAUGUAGUUCCAGUAUAUUUUAUGUGAAUAGUGACUAGGAGAAUACUGUCAAGCUCCGUGUUUCUAAUUUAUUGAGAGCUAAUUAAGGCAUUUGAAUUCAACAUGUUUAAAAAAAUAUAUAUUUAUCUAACUAGCAGAUCGCACAAUACGUUUGUGUAAAAUAGUGAGAAUUUAAAAAAAAUAAAAUAAUGACUUUGUCCCUUUUCAUCAGGAUUGUGCUAAAGAUGUCUCCCAUGCUGUGGGGUUGUGCGGUGGGGGCGGGGUCCAACUACAGAACGGGAGGUGUGAACUGUGCUGCAAGACACAGGACUGUGUGGCAGCUAUAACAACCCAACUCAAGGAUUCUCUGAGUAUGUCACAGGUUCAUAUGUGUGUAAGAAUGAGCUUAGAUGUCAAUAUUGCGGUAAAAAAAUCGAAACGAAAUACGGUCGUAUUCUUGAAAACAAUAAUAGGGAUUUUUCUAUUAUUUUUGGAAAUCGAAUCAAUUAAAAUAUGAAGAAAAUAGAAACCAUGUAUGCUUGUAUUUAAGUAUAUGUUUAAGAAUUAUUAUUAGAAACUAGAAAUACAUACAAAAUACAAUUAAAAACUAUUUUAAGUAUUUCAACGCAAUUUGAAAGUUAGUGUACUCUUUUUUGUUAUGUAUAAAUGACUGUGUAAGUAUUAGAUCUACUAUUAUAAUUCCAAAUCCCAUUUAUCGCGAAAACCCAAACAUGUCUUGCUUUUUCUUAGUGCGUUUUUUAAACUGCGAAAUUAAAUCUAAAUUUACGUAAUCCAAAUAUCUUAUUAUACCAAUAUCAAAUUACAAUAUUCUAAGACACCACACCGAAUUUUAACUUUGUACUUUUGACUUUUAUAAAUUUUCUCAUUUUCCAUUUAAAAAAAAUGCUUUUAUAACAUUCAUAAAGUAUUAAAGGCCCUACCAAUUGAAAACAAUUUCAAUAAGAAAAUUCCGUUUCAGCCAUUUACGUGCAACGAACAUUCCUAUCCAAAUACCGACCACAGUUUCCCCUGUCACUGAUUCAAAUGAAAACAAACUGUCCGAAGCAGCAAUUGGUUCAUCAUGUUAUCAAUACGUCAAAACCAAAUUAUGUUACAGAUUCGAACUUUUGGUUUGAUAUUAAUUUUAAAAUAAAUAACAAUAACUUUUAAAUAAUUGAAAUAUAGGUCAAAUUUUUAAGAUUGUUUUUAAUAAAAUAUAAAAUAGAGCAUAUUGAAAUGGUGCUGGGCUUUAGAUUUUUAAUACAUUUCAGGGGCAUUGAAAAUAAAGUUCUGUUUCGUACGUAGGGUGAUACAAUCCCGUGGAUGAUUUUAAUAAUGUUUUUAAAAAAACUGGGGGGGGGGGGAGAAAGGGAUUGGAUGAUUUUAUUUUGCCCCAGGCAGCAUAAGAUACGCCUCAGUAUGAAGUUAAGAAAGUGAUAAAUAAUUUUUUUUGUUUUUUUGUUAAUGAUUUUAAUAAUGUUUUUAAAAAAACUGGGGGGGGGGGGGGGAAAGGGAUUUGAUGAUUUUAUUUUGCCCCAGGCAGCAUAAGAUACGCCUCAGUAUGAAAUUAAGAAAGUGAUAAAUAAUUUUUUUUGUUUUUUUGUUAAGAGUACUUCAGAGGGGUGGAUUAGGAUGUGUACAUUUCUACGUGGAUGACAACAUCUUAAUGUUAAUGCAGUAGCGAAAAAGAGAUAUAUUAUAGUUUCUUCCAAAAUAAAAUAACUACAUGCUACAGUAAUACAAAAAAAAAAUGGAAUUGAAAAAAGGAAACAAAACAUAGAUGCGAUUUUCGUUGAAACUAAGGACAUUGUCAUUUUUUUCAAUGUACAUUUGAAAGGCACUGAUGGCGACCGGUUCUGAUUUAUGGGGGAUAACAAUCUGUUUUGAUAUAAAAAAAUGUAUUGUAAAUAGUUUGUGGACCAAAAAAAAAACGUUGGGAAUAUGAAUGAGCGAGAUAGGGGACAUUUUAUUUUGUGGAUAGUAAUCUCUUAAAAUCCGAUUUUCCGAUAACAUAGUUCAGGACCCUAACGGGGUUUGGGGCAAAUUUUUAAUGACGAUACCAAUAUUUCAAAAUCCGUCAGUGCCACAUAUAUUUUAAAUGGGACAUAUUUAAAAAAAACAAAAAAAACUAAGCCUAUGUGCGUUACAUGUGUUUUUAGGAAAUGUCUCCAGUGUAGGUCAGAUGUCUGAAAAUAUAUUAUUAUUUAGAAAAAAUAUCUCAAAACCCAAUGAUGUAAGAAAUUUAGAUAUCCAUACAUAGAUGAUUGAUUUUUUUUUUAAAAUUAACGAGUGAUUAAUUAUCUGUUUCCUGAACAAAUAAUACAAGCUUGCAGUUUUUUUCGUAGUUUUUAUUUUGGGAUACAAUGCAUCUAAAAUUGAUUCAAUGUGAAAAUUGGGUUUUUAAAUUUAAGACUCGGAAGGACAGGCGGAAAGGAGCGCAGUAUGCCUUCAAGUAUCACUCCGGUAACCGAAAUUGCGACACUUUAUUUGGAACACGGGCCUACUAGACAUAGCGUUAUAGCCAUGCAGACCUACUUUAAGAAUUAUUAUGUGUGAUCUUUGAGGCCUUGUUCGUAUUAAUCUUGUAGGCUCUGGCCUGUUAUGUCCUGGGGUCUGUGCUCAGAAUAACAUUGGAGCUUGCUUUACCUCAGCAACCCGUUGUUACGAAGGCCAGGUCAGUUCAUGAUGUUUUCACAAAGCUGUUUCAUUUUUGUACAUACACCAAUGUAACAAUCUGUAACCAGUGCUUAAAAAAAUAUAUAUAUAUAUACAUUUGUUGUUUAAGAGUACAUCAUGAAAGUAAAACACUGAUGUUUUUCUCUCUAAAAUAACAGAUGAGAUGUGUAUUUUUAAAAAUUCCUUUAUAUUAACUUCGCUUUUGUUCGCGUGGUCGUGUCAAAAUCGUCAAAAUGCUAAUUGUUCCACUUUCCAUUAUCCUAACAGAAAAAUAGGUAUGAAGGAUUUACACGAAAAACAUAGUUUUCUUUUAGGGCUUCUUUAAUCAUUAACAUCUUUCACACUGAUGAUUAACAAUUUUAACGAGUUAAUUUUCAUUUGGUACAAUUUAUGUUCUUUGAAUUUGUAAGUCAAUGAAGAUUGUACGUAUAGCUUUGAUUUUCUUUUCAUUGCGGACGUCCAAUAAGCGGUUGUGUGCUUAAACGUCCAUUAAUGCGUCAACUUAUCUUAUCGCCAGUUCUGCGAGGUCGGUGUUAACGAUCAGCUGUCCGUCCAGGGGCAUUGCAAAAACAUACACGACUACCAGGUAAGAACUUGCAGACGUGCAACGAGAAGGAGAUUAACGUACACCUCCCUAUGGCCCUGGGGGGGGGGGGCCUCAGUCGUGACCUCAGUUGUUUCGCCAGGGUCAGAACACCUUAGUUUCAACCUGGCUCGUCUACGUCUUACCCCCCCCACCCCCCCUCUGGCCGUCCAGGGGCAUUGCAAAAACAUACACGACUACCAGGUAAGAACUUGCAGACGUGCAACGAGAAGGAGAUUAACGUACACCCCCCUAUGGCCCUGGGGGGGGGGGGACUCAGUCGUGACCUCAGUUGUUUCGCCAGGGUCAGAACUACUUAGUUUCAACCUGUCUCGUCUACGUCUUACCCCACCCCCACCCCCACCCUUUUUUUAUCGCUGUUUUAUGACGCUUGACUUGACUCAAAUAACGGCAGUACGGCUCUCUUUUACUCUGGCAGUGUGAACAGGUGGGUGCAAGAAGAACGUUUGUCUUACGUCCGUUUCACAUAACCUGGUUCAAGUGACACUUCAACCGUCGCUUUUGGCAGAUCGUUACAAUUUAUUUAUUUUUUUGUUUGUAUUUUCUUACAACUUUAAUUAAUUUUUUUUGUUGGUGCGUUUGUACUGUUGAACAACUCACCAAAUAAAAUUUCUAAGAAUAGAUCGUCAUUUUUUUACGUCACAAUGCGUCAUUGGCAUCCCAGGCUGUCGCUGAACACAUCCCGUUUUCACUAUAGAAGGUCUGCUGGUUAAAUGUCCAACUAUGACCGCGUAAUCAUAAAUUCAUUUGAAAAUUGCCUUCUUUCUUCUGAAAAUACGUUUAUUACAUAAACGAAAACCUCCAAACAUCUUUGUGACUAUCAAAACACGCUUCUACACUCUGUAGACUUGACCACUGGUCAGUAAAGUUCAUAUCGCUUGGCGACCUCUUGUACUCGGAUGAUGUACGGCUUAUUUCUUGUAGGAAAAUAUGGUGUGCGUCUAUUAUUUUAAGACGUUGAUUUGUCACAAAAAAAUAUAAUUUUGCUGACCUAAUUUUCCAAAGGAUAAAUAUUUGUUAGACCUGUGAAUAGCGUAUAAUGAAAAUAUUGAUGCUGAUUGUAAUUAUCGUUGGAUUCUUUAAUAUCCAUGUGAAGAUAACUAGAAAUCCCAGAGAUUAUCCUAAUAAAAGCGAUGUCUUAUUUUAACAGAUAGCAUUCCAAAUGUAAGUGAAAAAAGUGAACUUUGGAAAUGAAAAAACAACUUAAAAAUAAUCGCCGAUUGAGACUUAAAAUGUUAACAAUAUCAUGUAAAAUUAAGUCAUGUUGUAGAGCCUGGACAUUUUUAUUUCGGAUUAUUCUAAAAUAAUUUUAAAAUUCGAUUCUAGGUUACACUAAAGAAAUCUGAGAUACAUCUGUUUUAAUUAAAUUACUUUGUUUUUUGUUAAUGCUUCCUGAAACCAUGACAUUUAAAAAAAAAAGAAAUUCGGGUAUCUUUAAAAUAAUAUUUAGUUUACUAAUUUUUAACAGAAAAUAAAAUUCACGUUUCCGUUCACAAUCCCCAGAAAUGCCUGACUGACCAAGCGAGAGACACUUGCACACUCUCUGUCGGACACGUCGGACACGCGGCCAAGUGUGUCUGGGAUUGCUGCAACACGUCCAGCUGUCUCAACACGCAUUUCGGUAAAUGGCUGCAUCCGGUGGCGUGGCUGGGUUCGUGCCGCCCGAUGGGGGGGAGGGGGGGUGGCAACCUCAGCACCCCUACCGACACCCCUGGCUGCAUCUGAUGAAUGCAAUCGGCCACCUUAGCGGAUUUGGGGUUUUGUGGGUGUAUUUGUAUGGGUGUGUGUGUGGGUGUGUGUGUGUGUGGGUGUGUGAUAGCCUAAAUUAAGAUAUCACCAAAUGGACAUAUUUAAGAGGCUGUCUUUUUUUUGUUUUUGUGUGGCAUAUUAAGAUCUCAUUGUUAUGUACAUUCGUAAUAGGCUGUCUUUUUUUUGUUUUUGUGUGGUAUAUUAAGAUCUCAUUGUUAUGUACAUUCGUAAUAGGCUGUCUUUUUUUUUUUUUUUGUGUGGUAUAUUAAGAUCUCAUUGUUAUGUACAUUCGUAAUAGGCUGUCUUUUUUUUUGUUUUUGUGUGGUUUAUUAAGAUCUCAUUGUUAUGUACAUUCGUAAGAGGCUGCUAUUUCUGUGAGAUCUGUUCAGAUAAAGUAGAUUUGGCUGCAAAAAAAUACUGCAGAAAAAUGUAACCAUUUUUUCAGGGGAAACUUGAACUUUUAAAACUUUUUUUUUGUUGUGUGAAGUUUAUUUACAUUUCAAAGAGACGACAUAUUUGGAUUUUAACAACUUUUACUUUUGUAAUUUAACCUUAUCUUAUCAUUAUUAAUAUUAAUAUUUGAAAAAAAUAAAAUGUUGUUUUCAAGCUACACUUUCAACUAAAAGCAACCCAAUGAAAUCUAAGCUUUUAACUUGAACUCCUGUACAAUCCUAUUUACUGUUUAAAAAAAAAACUUCCUUGUACUCCUCCAGGUGCCUACUGGAACACGGGGGCUUUUACAGCACAGAACCUGGGUAACGUAAUUACUUAUAUCUUCAAUAACCAGUUGUUUAAGUGUACGCUCGUCCGGCUCAUCUACUGCACAUCUUAUGCACAAUUAAUUCACAUCUACUGCACAUCUUAUGCAUAUUUAAUUCACAUCUACUGCACAUCUUAUGCACAUUUAAUUCACAUCUACUGCACAUCUUAUGCACAAUUAAUUCACAUCUACUGCACAUCUUAUGCAUAUUUAAUUCACAUCUACUGCACAUCUUAUGCACAUUUAAUUCACAUCUACUGCACAUCUUAUGCACAAUUAAUUCACAUCUACUGCACAUCUUAUGCACAUUUAAUUCACAUCUACUGCACAUCUUAUGCACAAUUAAUUCACAUCUACUGCACAUCUUAUGCACAAUUAAUUCACAUCUACUGCACAUCUUAUGCACAAUUAAUUCACAUCUACUGCACAUCUUAUGCAUAUUUAAUUCACAUCUACUGCACAUCUUAUGCACAUUUAAUUCACAUCUACUGCAAUCUUAUGCACAUUUAAUUCCCACCUACUGCACAUCUUAUGCACAAUUAAUUCACAUCUACUGCACAUCUUAUACAUAUUUAAUUCACAUCUACUGCACAUCUUAUGCAUAUUUAAUUCACAUCUACUGCACAUCUUAUGCACAUUUAAUUCACAUCUACUGCAAUCUUAUGCACAUUUAAUUCCCACCUACUGCACAUCUUAUGCACAUUUGAUUCACAUCUGCUGCGCAUCUACUACACCUUUUUCACUAGGAUUCUUAAACUUCUGAGAUUACGUGCUAAUGGCUGAACGAAAAAAACAACUUCGCUAACAAGUUUUUACUAAAUCUAAAAAGUGUUGGACUGCAAUAAAGCUUUAAAAUAAAUUAAUGAGACAGGAAUAAAUUGUGUCAAUAUAACAAUAUCAGUUACGCUUUAAUAAUAAUUAUACAUUAUACACAAGUAAACGUUUCGGCACAAACAAAACACAUUUAAGCCCAACCUCUCACUUCUGGUACCCGGGUGCGAAUAGUCACUUCCUAAAAGAAAAGAUAAAAUGUAUCCAUGUCAGUGAUUUUCAACUGGGAUACUCCGCUGCCUGGUUUGCUCCGACUUUCAACUAAGCGAGCCAUUCCGUAGAUUAAAGCACUGGACUAAACACGAUCAAUAGGGUUUGUCAUCUAAUUGCCGACAUCUAUUAAUAGAGCAUCCGGGCGUACAGUCUGGCCAAUCUCAUGAAGGCAUUAAUGAAACAUCCUGGUAUUCUGUUUGGCCAAUCUCUCAACAGCAGUUCGACACUUCUACGUUAAUGUGUCAACAUAGUGGGACUCAACCUGGACGAAAACGUUUUUACAACUGUAUUUCACGAAAGAAUUUACAAUCCAAUUUCUACUGCUAUAUUUCUAUGGAAAUCAAUUGUUAGAAGCUAUGCGUUACGAAAACAUUGUCUAAAAAUAGUAACAUUACGUAAUGUGCUGUGACGUUUUCCGCUCUAUUGUAUAAACGUGAAGCUGUUUCUCUGCUAACUAUAAGCUUCUUUUAAGCGGUCCAGUUCUUUACUUAGUAUCUCAAGGUCUUCAGCCGUAUUGCAUUUACUGGACUCGUUUCCAAAUCGAUAUUUUUAAACUGUCGAUGAAUGGGAUACAAAUGUAUCUUUCUUUAUAUAAUGUCAUCUUGCAAUCUUAGAGACCAGCAAACCAAAUAUAUGUAAUCAAAUUUUUAAAAUUGUUUUUUUUAAAACUCUGAUCAAAAUUUGUUUUUGAAAAUAAUUAAAUCCCAGGUCACAUUUACUGCGGGGAAUGUGCUGACGGAUCUUGCUCCCUUGCUGGCCAAACCAAAAACGUUUCAUGUGACACGGGUAUGUGCUCUUGGACAGUUCACAAUAGACUGGACGGUGGAUCCACAGUAUCCAGCGGGUGAGUAGUCUGAUACUCUAAAAAGCAACAACUUUUCUUACCCAUAGCAAAUGUUCAAAUUUGUUUGAAAAUGUACAGACGUGCAUGAGAAACUUGUGUAUCACAGUCAGCGAUGUGGUACAGGCGUACAUGAGAAGAACUAUCUCUCAAAGUCAGAGAUGCGUUACAUGCAUAUAUAUUAGAAGAACUUUCUCUCACUGUCAAAGAUGCGAUACACACACAUAUGAGAAGAACUGUCGCUCUAAAUCAGAGAUGCGUUACACCCCAUAUCAGAGUUAACGUUUAAAAAACCCAGACAAUGCCGCCCUCUCCACCUCCUUACCUGUCUGCCUGCCUGCCUGCCUGCCUGCCUCCCUACCUUCCUACCUAUCUACCUACCUACCUGCCUACUUGCCUACCUACCUACCUACCUACCUACCUACAUACCUACCUACCUACCUACCUACCUACUUACCUACCUACCUACCUACCUACCUACCUACCUACCUACCUACCUAUCACAUGUAAAUUCAUCAAAUAGGUUACAAUCGAGUCACUCUAUUUAUGGAGAAUGUCUGACUCAAAGACCAAAAAGCCUGUCAAUUGCUGACGUCGUAGGUGGGGCGGGGCUUGUUACAGAGAGGCGUGCGUAUCGGGGGUUCGAUCUUUAUUGUCCACAAACAAGACAAGGGCGCAUGACAACCUAAGGUCCUUGAAAACAUAGGAUACCUUUUGUUCACAGUAGUUCGUAGCACUCUAUUUAAUUGCAAAAUUUGAUUAUUUGUUGAUUAGACAUUACUUGCUUUUAUUAUAAGAGUAACGAAUCAUGAUGACAUAUGUUAUAUCCCUUUUUUUUUGUUUUGUUACAGAACUACUAAAGUAAGCGCGUUAAUCAAACAUCUGAAUACAAAUUAAGGUGUAUCUUGAUUUCGUAUUAAAUAUUUCAGCUGUACCUCACAGAAUCAAUGCUGGACUCAGUGGUGGGAGCAGACUAGACACAAUCAAUACUGCAUGGACCAGUUCAUGUUCGGAGCAUCUCCCAAUCAGAACCUCGAUUGCACCUUUUGCUGUCAUGCCUCCUACGACUGCAACAUAGGGACCAAAUACCGUAACCAGCUCGUCCAUUGGUAAUGACAGGAGAUGCUACCAGCCUACAUUGCCACACGCUAGCAAUCUUCUCUAAUAUUGCAAUGUGAUGUCCAUCCAGUGAUGAGUCGAUUCUUAGAAAAGUCUGCCAGGAAACGAUUCUUUCCGCGAAACUGAGCUAUUCUUGAGCUAUCUUUUGAUCGUUUUAAAAUUUCGAUUGUAUUCAAAACAUAAAUAAAUGAACAUUUCAAUAAAUAUUUUUAAAAUAUACAUUUGCUCUCAGGC